AUGAGCGCGUUUUUGAAGAACCUGAGGCAUCUCCUGCCCUUUGCGAAGCCCAAGGGGCUGGCAGGCUACGAUCUUCAAGGGAAUCGUUAUUUCGAACUCCCGAAUCCCAUGGGCGGGCGACUGAAACGGUCAGUAGAAUACGCCAUCAACCGAGAUAUUGCAGAGUACGGUCGGGCAGAGUUGAAACCACCAGUGCAAUGGCGAGCCUGGCUCUCCCAUACACGAAGUGACCCCCCCUCCCGCCAAGAGCUUGAAAAAGAUCUCUACCGCCAAAACGACCUGCUCCCAAAGAUUGCCGCUAUCGAAGCGCGCGAACGAGAAGAACGCAUUCGUCAAGGGUAUCUCUUGCCCGACGGCUCCGAGCCAGAAAAAUCAGAUGUCAAGCAGGUGACUGCGCCAUCAGAAAUCAGUGGAGAGAGGAGGGCGCAGACGCAGAGGUUUAUCGACGCUUCGAAUGCGUCGAGGGCGGGGACGAAGGAGGCCGAAGCAGUGUGGCGAGAAAAGUCGGCGCCUGCCUCGGAGGUGGCGCCGCCAAGGAGAACUAUCGACCCUACGACAGCUUCUCCAGAAGAGUUGAGGAAGCUUGCGGAAGAGGACACCAAGAGGCGUAUAGCGCAGACUGAAGGGGCGCCAGAGGUGGCCAAGAAGGGCGACGUACAGUCGGUCCGGUUUGGCGAAGGCGGCCUCGCUCCCAAAAGACGAGGCGGCAAAAAGUAG